AUGGCCUUCGGAAAGCUUUACGGUCUCCCUGACAACGGUCGCACCCUCUCCAUCCUGGUCGCUGCCAAGCACAACGACCUGGACUUGGAGCUGGUUCAGACUCAGCCCAAUGCUGCUGCUAACUCCAGCGCUGAGUACCGCAAGGUCCAGCCCCUUGGCAAGAUCCCUGCUUUCGAGGGUGCCAACGGCUUCACUCUCUCUGAGGUCAUUGCCAUCGCCAUCUACGUGACCUCCCAGAACGAGAAGACCACCCUUCUUGGCAAGACCAAGCAGGACUAUGCUUCCAUCGUCCGCUGGAUGUCCUUCAUCAACGGCGAGGCCCUUCCCCGCCUCGCUGCCUGGUACCGCCCUCUGCUCGGUGCCGAGCCCUACAACAAGAAGACCAACGAGGAGGCCGCUAAGGUCGCCGUUGCCACUCUCUCCGUUCUCGAGAAGCACCUGACUGAGAACACCUAUCUCGUUGGCGAGCGUAUCACCCUUGCUGAUCUCUUCGCUGCUUCUCUCCUGACCCGUGCUUUCGCUCUUGUCCUUGCCAAGGAGUACCGCAGCGAGAAUCCCGCUAUCACCCGCUGGUACAACACCAUUGUUAACCAGGACGCCUUCAAGGCUGUCUUCCCCGAGCCCAAGUUCGCCGAGGAGGUUAUCAAGUACGUUGCCCCCAAGAAGGAGGAGAAGCCCAAGCCCGCUGCUGCCCCCGCUGCCGCUGUUGAGGAGAAGCCCGCCGCUGAGGCCCCCAAGCCCAAGCACCCUCUUGAGGCUCUUGGCAAGCCUACCCUCAUCAUUGAUGAGUGGAAGCGCGAGUACUCCAACAACGACACCCGCGAGGUCGCCAUGCCUUGGUUCUGGCAGAACUACAAGCCCGAGGAGUACUCCCUCUGGAAGGUUGACUACAAGUACAACGAGGAGCUCAAGCUCACCUUCAUGGCCAACAACCUGAUUGGUGGUUUCCACGCUCGUCUUGAGGCUUCCCGCAAGUACCUCUUCGGUUGCCAGGGUGUCUUCGGCGCCAACUACGCCUGUGUCAUCAAGGGUGUCUUCCUUGUCCGUGGCCAGGAGUCCGCCCCUGCCUUCGAGGUCGGCCCCGACUGGGAGAGCUACGACUUCCAGAAGCUCGACCACACCUCCGAGUCUGACCGCAAGUACGUAGAGGACAUCUGGGCCUGGGACACCCCCGUCACCGUCAACGGCGAGACUCUCCCCAUGGUUGACGGCCACGUCUUCAAAUAA